UAUGUUCGACCAGUUUUACUCUAUACAUCUGUAUCACUGAAGCGCAUUGACCGGCAUGAUGACAUAUAACUAAAGUCCAUAUACUUUUCUAAAUGGCAUUGUGCAGAAGGAUUUUAAGACUCUCAAUACACGCAAAACAUUGUCGUUUCGUGGUCAGAAGAUAUGCAAAGCCAAUAACAGGCUACGAGUCCGCUGACAAUGCGCUCCAAGCGGUCACAGGAGGUCGCAUCAACCGGUGGCUAGACGCUUAUGAAGAUCUUGUUGGGCUGACAGAAGUUCGACAGGCUCAGGAUCAAGUGACCCAGGUAUCUAUGGAAGGAUUUCACAUACGCUUCUAUGGCAAUACAAAUGUACAGGCCCGCUGCGCGGAAAGUAGCUACAGAUCCAUUCAAGAGCAGCGUCGAUCAACACAACAGCAACUUACAAAAAUCCAAGCCAAAAUAAAAGCCAUUGCAACAGAGAUAGAAAAGACUAAGCGUGGUACUGAUGCCUAUCUAGGACUUGUUACGAAGGAAAAUGAAAUAAUCAAAGAGGAAAAAGAAGUGCUUGAACAAGUAACAGUUCUAGAGGAAAGUGAAAAACAGUCUUUCACACUGCUGUCAUCAGCCCUCAGAGAAAGUCAUGAAAAGGAAAGAGCCAGGGCUGAACGAAUGAAAUAUUGGGGCAUCAUGGGGUCGAUAAUCGGAGCUGUGAUAGGAAUAUUUGGGUCAACAGUGAACAGCUACAUGCGUAUGAAAGAACUAAGAAAUCUUGUAACUACAGCUGCAGAAUCUGGUCAAAUCCACCGUGAAAAAAUGAUGGAGCUCAUUAUGAGUGUUAAUGAACAAUAUGGGAAAAUUUAUCAGUUUCUGGCAGAUAUACGUUCUGCUACCGGAAUAACGCCUCCUGCUAAACAAACACCUGCGAAAAUAAGUAAUAAUGAUACAACAGCCUCUGAAUCAAAUUUGGAGGAGCUUAUUUCUACCCUGAAACAGAAUGAAGUGAUGUUUCGAGAAGAAAUAAACAAACUUGGUGAAAUCCUGUUAGUGAAGCAAGGCAGAGGAGACAGUGAAGGGAAAGAAACAGUUGUUUAUGUAGGGCCAGAAAUGCAGUCCUUGCUUCACACAACUGAGAAAAGCAUUGAGAAAAAGCUGGUUGUCCAGACUUGUGUUUAUGUCUUAGCUGCAGUGUCUGUGCCAAUAUUGUUGAAGAUAUUUUCUGGCAGUUGAUGAUUUUGGAUAUUUUAAAUGUUAAGGUAAUCAAAUAAACCAAAGAUUUGUCAA